AUGAAAACUCGAAUAUAUGCUGAUAAUAAACACAUAUUGUCAAAUUUGAAGGUCAUUAACGAGAACGCCUGGAAUAGAAUGGUGCAGUUGCGGGCGCAGAAGACAUCCGCAAAUGUCAAGACUCAAUCAACUCAUCGAUUCUUUCGGCUCAAUGCGGUCAGAGCUACAGCAGAUGUCCACACGGUAAACAAGGCCCACAAGGCGAAAAAGGAGAACCAGGAGGUUGAUUUUUCUUUAUUGCAAGGCAGGGUGUUUUCUCUUUGUAUUAAUCCGAAUUGCUUUAUAUACGCCCACAAUAGGAUACAGUUCUAUUAA